AAGUUGGACCACAAAGCAAGCAGUGCAACUGUUCUCACAAAAAAAAUUACAGAAAAAUAUACCGAAGCGGGACUUCAAGUAAGCAUGUGCCAUAUUGGAGCUGGGAAACGAACAGCUUGAUCGAGAGGAGCGGAUCGGCUGGCCCACACCCGGGAGGCAGCGGACGGACACUUUAGCUUCAGCUCUCAACUAGCCGAGCGUGCAGCUCGGGUAGCCCGGCAGGCAGGAGUCGCUUGUGGGCAGGCGGAGUAGCGACGACCCGCUCGGUUUUUAUUUCAGAUAUCGACCACUUGUGCGGUCGGUUUGCGAGGGAGGCCUACCAGCACAGCGCCGUAUGAGGUGUUUCACAUUACCUAGCGUGGUCAGAGGUGUCGUUGGCCAAGUUGCCCGAUCUGUUAGCCACAGUUUACGGCGAAGAGGAAAAGUUAGCGUUUAACAAGCGAAGUACGGCGGAGCUCCAUCUCCCCUCCUCCUCCUCCUUCAGCAGCCCGCAGCCAGCAGCUCUGCGCUGGGUUUCCCCGACCGUCUUCAACGCUCGGGGUACCUCAACAAGCAGCUGGAUUAUCUUGUGUGAUUCUGCCUUUAGUUUUGAACCCACUUGGCUCCAUAAGACUUGUGUGUUUCCUUAUUAUUUCUCUCCCCCGGAAACGCUGCAAGACUUCCCCAGUUAACCAGUUUGCACGCAGCCGUUAGCUUCACGUUAUUAAGUAAAUCUCUGAAACCGAGCCAGUGUUUCUGUUUCAGUCCGCCAGCUAACUGCUCCGUUUGCUGCUGGCAACAGGGGACUUUUUAUUAUUUUAUUUUAAGGGUGUUCAUCUGCUUGACUGAAAUGAUCCAAAACUAGAUGUAUCGAUCGAUGAACCACUCACUCGCACACCUUAUUCGAUAGUUAGCCUCCUGGCUAGCGGGUUUUCGUUUUGCUAGCUAGCGUGGUGGCUAACUAACUAGCAGCAGACGAGCCCAAAUGUCGGUGUUGGCAGCAGCAGGAGGCUAAAACAAGUUAGCUGUCGGAGGAUUUGGCUUGUGAUUAGCUGAUAACAGCCUACUGGAUUUUGGUGCUAAACCUCUUAAAGGGUGUUUAAACGCAUCUUUUCAGGCGACUUUCUUUUUUUUUUUGUGUGUGUGUGUGUGAUUGAUGAGCCGUUGGGGAACAUUUCAGCCUUUUACAGGAAGCCAAGCAGCAGCAACAUAAACAACACUGGUGUGUAGAUUUAUUUUUUAUUUUUUAAGGGAUGCACAUUAUGAGUCCUGGCUCGUAUUUAACCUGUGUUUUUUUGUGGUUUUAUUGACGGCCUGAGAGACUUGUGAUUUGUGAUAUUUACCAUCCUGAUGAUACACAUUUCGACCUGUCUCCGGGUGUCCUCCCUCCUGAAUCUCCCUUCUGUUUUCCGGACUCACUUGAUUGUUUGAGACCCUUUUUUUUUUCUGCUGUCAAAGCAUCUAAAGAGCCAGUCACGUAUUUUUUUUAUUUUAUUUUUAUUACUAGACUCAUUUGUCUUUUUCUCGACAGCACAGUGUUUACAUAUUUUUUUUUUUUUUUUUUAACGAAACCUGGAGACAAGCCCAGUCGUUUGGACACAUUUCCAUUAAGAGGACCAGGGAAGUCCUGCGGGAUUUGACAGCAUUUGCCUCCAGAUCCAGCAUCUGGUUGCAUCUACCUGUCUGUGUGAGACAAAUGACAGAGCUGUAAAGAAAGUACUGGCCUCAAAACGAGAAAUCAUCAGUCUGUAUUUGUUUUUUUUCUUCCACCCCCUUUUCCUCACAACAAAAAAAAAAAACCCUGCAUCUCUUGCACUAAAUUGGAUUACCAGGACGGGGAUCUAGCGGGCCUUGGUGACUCUGUAUUUCUCGCGCAACCUGUCACCCAAUGUCUUCCCUCUUGAAUUUCCCUUUUUCUGUCACAAGGAUGGCAGUUUGAGGCGAAGUGAACAAGACUACUACAGCAAACCCGGAGACAACGACGCCUCUCCGGUCCAUGGUCAGCCCCGCCGUCCUGUCACGCACCUUCAUGUUGGUCUCAUCUGGUGGAGGAGGACGACAUUGCUUUUCUUUUUUUUAACAAAUCCCCUGAAACAAAACCCAUCACCAGCCCCGGUUAUCUUAUUGAUUUUUGGAUCGUCCCAGGGUCGAAAGAUGGCGGACCUCGAAGCAGUGCUCGCCGAUGUCAGUUAUUUGAUGGCGAUGGAGAAGAGCAAAUCUACUCCAGCGGCCCGGGCGAGCAAGAAAAUCAUCCUCCCGGAGCCCAGUAUCCGCAGCGUGAUGCAGAAGUACCUCGAGGAGAGAGAUGAACUGACAUUUGACAAAAUUUUCAACCAGAAAAUCGGCUUCCUGCUGUUCAAGGACUUCUGUAUGAAUGAGAUCGACGAGGCCGUGCCGCAGCUCAAGUUCUACGAAGAAAUUAAGGACUACGAGAAGCUGGACUCCGAGGAGGAGAGGUUGAGCCGCAGCCGGCAGAUUUACGACGGCUACAUCAUGAAGGAGCUCCUGUCCUGUUCACAUGUGAGGGCACCUUCAGAUCAACGCUGCGUCACUAAAGCACUCGCAGUCAAGCCAUUUUCUAAGAAGGCAGUGGACCAUGUGCAGAGCCACUUAGCAAAGAAACUGGUUCCCCCAACUCUAUUCCAGCCAUACAUAGUGGAGAUCUGUGACAGCUUAAGAGGGAAGAUCUUCCAGAAGUUCAUUGAGAGUGACAAAUUUACUCGUUUCUGCCAGUGGAAGAACGUGGAGCUCAACAUCCAUCUGACCAUGAACGACUUCAGCGUGCAUCGGAUCAUCGGCAGGGGAGGCUUCGGGGAGGUGUACGGCUGCAGGAAGGCCGACACGGGGAAGAUGUAUGCCAUGAAGUGUUUGGACAAGAAGAGGAUCAAGAUGAAGCAGGGGGAGACUCUAGCGCUCAAUGAAAGAAUCAUGCUGUCAUUAGUCAGCACAGGGGACUGCCCGUUUAUCGUGUGUAUGACGUACGCCUUCCACACCCCUGACAAGCUCUGCUUCAUCCUGGACCUCAUGAAUGGGGGCGACCUGCACUACCACCUGUCUCAGCACGGCGUCUUCAGCGAGAAAGAGAUGCGCUUCUAUGCGGCUGAAAUCAUCCUGGGGCUGGAGCACAUGCACAACCGCUUCGUCGUCUACAGAGACCUCAAGCCAGCUAAUAUCCUGUUAGAUGAACACGGCCAUGUUCGUAUCUCCGACCUCGGCCUGGCCUGCGACUUCUCCAAGAAGAAACCCCACGCCAGCGUGGGCACUCAUGGCUACAUGGCUCCGGAGGUUCUUCAGAAGGGGACGGCGUACGACAGCAGCGCCGACUGGUUCUCCUUAGGCUGCAUGCUCUUCAAACUCCUCCGAGGGCACAGUCCCUUCAGACAGCACAAGACCAAAGACAAACAUGAGAUUGACCGCAUGACGCUCACCAUGAACGUGGAGCUGCCGGACUCCUUCACUGCGGAGCUCAAAGAUCUGCUGGAGGGGCUGCUGCAGAGAGACGUAUCCAAGAGGCUCGGCUGCCAGGGCCGAGGAGCCCCAGAGGUGAAGGAACACCAGUUUUUCAAAGGCAUUGACUGGCAGCAGGUGUACCUGCAGAAGUACUCUCCUCCUUUAAUUCCUCCCAGGGGAGAGGUGAACGCUGCAGAUGCCUUCGACAUAGGCUCUUUCGACGAGGAGGACACCAAGGGCAUCAAGCUGCUGGACAGUGACCAGGAGCUGUACAAGAACUUUCCUCUGGUCAUAUCGGAGCGCUGGCAGCAGGAAGUGGCAGAGACGGUCUACGAGGCGGUCAACUCGGACACCGACAAGAACGAGGCUCGCAAGAGGGCGAAGAACAAGCAGCUCGGCCACGAGGAGGACUACGCCUUCGGAAAGGACUGCAUAAUGCACGGCUACAUGUUGAAGCUGGGGAACCCGUUCCUGACCCAGUGGCAGCGCCGGUACUUCUAUCUUUUCCCCAACCGUGUGGAGUGGAGGGGCGAGGGCGAGUCACGGCAAAACCUGCUGACGAUGGAGCAGAUUGUGACGGUGGAAGAAACGCAGGUUAAAGACAAGAAGUGCAUCCUGCUGCGCAUCAAAGGAGGGAAGCAGUUUGUGCUGCAGUGCGAGAGCGACCCGGAGUUCGUGCAGUGGAAGAAAGAGCUGACCGAAGCGUUCACAGAAGCCCAGAAGCUGCUGCGCCGGGCCCCCAAAGUCAUCGGGAAAGGCCGGGCCGGCGUGGUGGAGCUCUCCAAACCUCCCCUCACACACCGCAACAGCAAUGGCCUGUGAAUACACACACACACAUAUAUAUAUACACACACACACACACACUUUGACACACACACACACACUGCAUCCCCCCUCCUCAUCAGCUGCAGGACGUUUGCCCCGACUCCCUCCCACGACGCCUCGCAGCGUGUGAUGGACCACGCCCACCAGCCUCUUACCACCACACGCACACACACUCUGAACACGACGACCAAUCAUAGGCGUGAUAUAGUUUUUGUUGUUUUUUUUGUCUGCCACGGGACGUUGCCAGUUUGCCGAGAGGAAGAAAGGAUGAGUCAGCAUGUGAAGAACCUCUGCAUGAAUGUGUCGAGGACGGACGAGCCCGUCUUUCUACCUUUCCCCGCUCUCCUCCUGCACCGCCUCCACCACCUCCUCGCCCUGUUUGAACCAGAAAAUCUGAAAGGGGGCGGGACUCCGGACUCCUCCACAAACCCUCACAGAGCUAAAGAUCCGGUCAGCUUUGCUGUUGGCCGGCUGAGCAGCGCCCGCCCUCUCUGAGGUGACAACACCGAGCUUUAGCGAGGAAUGUAUUUCUUCGAGAGGAAAAACAAAGUAAAAGGCUGCUCCCCUGGUCCCCCCCCCCUCUGUAACCAUUCCUCCCUUCGUUACUGACGUGCGUAAAGUGCCAACAUCAGUAUUUACUUGUCACCUGAGCACUCAGGAGGACCUGCCUGCUCGCCGGCUUGGUGGCGUUUGCGGGCCGGUGGCGGUUUGAUCAUUCCAACUUAUAAAAACAGGAAGUACAAGGACCGCAGACUCUUUCACAUUGGCUCUUGUACAGCCAGUUACCAUAGAGACAGAGAUCCCGUUGGUUGGCAAACCUGCAGCCUGUUGCCGAGGGAAACCAUGAAGACUGGUCUACCUGGGGAUCUGGGUUUAACCACCUGGUUGUACCGGUUGUGUAUGAAGGCGACGGCUCGCGGGAGGCGGAGGAGGAGCGACUCUGAGUGUAUAUAAGCAGCCUUUCUCUGUGCACCUCCAGUGUUUUAACGUGUUUGCAUAUUCGGGGACUUCUCUGUCUGCCUGUUCGUGAAUCUGUCCUGGCUUUUUAAGGGGGGCGGGAAGAUGAGGAGGAGGAGGUCGGGGGGGGGAGGGAGGGAGGACAGGCUUUCAGUCGCUCGCAGCGCUGCAUUACCUCAGUCGGACUGUGUCAGUUUGAGUACGUGGAGGUCGAGCGCCUCUGUAAGGGCCAAAUGUCUGUCUGUCAUCGUCCCGCUCGCUCAUGUUCAUCCUGUAGGUUUACAGUUUCAGUCACGCGGCGGCGGCUGUAAUGUUGGACGGUGUGUGUGAACGCAAGGAGGAGAAUGAAGAAGUCGAGCUGAAGCUAAUUAAAAGGAGAAAUCCUCCCUCAGACGCACCAAACUGUCACGGAGGCAUUUCCACAGAUCAUCUCUGGGUAUUUUUUUUCCUUUAUUGAAGAGUUGAUGAUUUUCAGUUUUUUGCACUCUUCCUUUUCGUCAUCCUGUUAGUUCUGUGCUGCUUGAGUCGACCUCCAUUUCCCAGAAUGCCUUAGGACAGCCUGCAGGUAGAAAGAGCAAAUGGUAAAGAAGUUUUUCAGGAUUUUCGUCAUUGAUUGAUUAAUAAUUUGGUCUUCAAGGUACUGAAAGACGCCUAUUAUAAUCCCGAGGUGAUUUAUUCAAUUGCUUGUUAUCACGUGACAAAAAAGCUUCACAUUUCAGAAGCCAGAUUAUUAGUUUGGCAUUUUUGCAAACCUGUACCCGCUGCGCCUGAAUCGAAACCCACCCUGUUUGGAUUUAUUAGCGAGCAGAGAAACGUUUUCUCAUUUAAUCGAUAAAAUUGGUGUUUAACUAUCCAUAUUCUAAGAUAAAUGAGCGUCCAGUACAGCAGCUAAUUCGUGAAAAUUACCGUUUGGUUAAAAUCAAAUCCCCAGAUUUGUGUUAACGAGCAGCGAGGUUAAAAUGAGUUGAAACCUCCCGCUCCUGUCACUUCGGGCGGUCGUAGCAAAGAAAAACAGACAUCGAGCGUUUCACAACCACUUUAAACGAUUGUCACCAUCAUCACUACGUAUGUCAUUAAUAGCCGUAAAUAAGUGGUGCUUGAGCUCAUCUGACAGGAUUUUGGCAGCAUGUCAGACUAAAACUAUUGGGACCCUUCAUGCUUCUAACAAACUUAAACAUUUUACGAUUUAUUUGUUAGCACGCAAAAGCGAUACAGCCCCCGUGCGGCGUUACCGGCGUGCUGUUUACGCUUCUGCAACGUCCACCACCUCCUCUGCUAACCUCACCUCUCAAACUUACGCUUCUCGACUCGCCUCAGUCGCUGCAGACGGUGACAUUUACAAUGUUUUAAAUGCGUGACCGUCCCUGUCUACACUUCCGAGUGACGUUAUGAUCCAAGGCUGGAUUUUUAGUUUUUACAAAUGUCAGUGUGAUUUUAAAUGGAUCUUACGCUGCAUUCAUGACGCAUCAGGUUUAUCGUAAUUACCAGCGUCGGCGCCUGAGUCGUUAGUGCGAGACAGAAACUUCAAUUUUAGAUUGAAGUCGGAGUGAAACGGUAGUUAAAGAGUCUUAAUCGUGUGAAAUGUGGCGAACUUCUGAGCGAGAGCUUUGAUUGGACCUCCCGUCACCCGCGCUGUUGUAUCACGAGGACGAAGGAGAAACAAAUAAAUGAAACCUCGAUGGCAGUCAUGGGAAGUCUAGACUGAGUUCCUGCAGGCUGAAAUGUGUGUGUGGGGUUUAUAAGGUGGAACGCUGAGCUAGAACCACAAAUCACACUUACUUAACAAAUGAAUGUAAACGCCGUCACAUCGUCACAAAUAUUUGGAUGUUUCAAACCUAAAAAAAAUUCAAAUAUAACGAGAUAACUCAACAAUUAGCAGAUUUAUUAUUUUGCUGUCUUUAAGGCUCCAGCAAGUCUGAUCUAAAAACACACAGCCGGAGUCCGUCAGUCAAUUAAAGUUAAAUCUAAUGAACGUGGUGCUAUGCUGUCAGUACGUAGUAUUUUUUAUUUAUUUUUUUUUAGCCCUCGCAGCAAAUUACAGUUUCAGGAACAAAGUGUGUCGUCCGCAAAGCUAAACGAGCUGCUAGCAACAAAACAACUCUAAACUUUAUUAUGAACAACUCUGCCGUCAUACAAAAACAUUUCCCCGUCUUAUCCAACUCCGGCUCGUCAGAAAGAAGCUCUUUGACUCUAAAGCAGCGGUUCUCAAACUGUGGAGGUGCAGAGCCACUUCGCGGGGGGGUCGUGGAUGUUGAGCGGACCUACAGCUGCAUAAACAAACACAAGGCUAUUUAGCUAUCCUGAAUCUUGUUUAUUUUAAUCACCUGUAUUGUUACUGAUUGAUAAAAAUGAAAUCUGCUUUUGCUGGGGCGGGUGGGGGAACUUUUUUUUUUUUUUUUUGCUUCUAAAGAGGGACGUGGCAGAAAAAGUUUGAGAACCGCUGCUCUAAAAUAACACUUUCCGGUUGUUUCUCCGCGUCGCUGCUCGUACCAGGAUGGCAAUACGUUAAGUGUGAUCGCAUAAAGCAGUCGACCGAUUUGGGUUUAUCAAACGGCCGAUAUUCAGAGAGCAGAUUAAUCGGUCACACUCGCCCAGUCACCUGCAGGAAGAAGACAAACAUGCAUCAGUGUAUUUAAAGUGUUUCAGGGUGGAGUUUCCCUCUAAUUUAUGAUUUUAUGUACCUUAAACGACACAGGUCAGAUGAGGUGAAACGUUUUGUUUUUUUAUCGGGCCUUUUUACGGCGUGCACAGAGUCAUAGCGGUGAAGAAGAACGCAGCAGCGAGCAGACGGAGGAUUUAUUCUUAUUCUUAUGAUUAUUAUUGUUGGAUACAUAGAUUAAUUUCAGGGGUUUUACUUUUCAUGCAGUAGUGUCCUCGCCUGUGACGUCCAAGCAUUCCCGGAGCUGCAACGUGUUUGACCUACAGUAAAGGUUGAUUUAAGGGUGCAUUGCGAUGGUUCUUCUAUUUUAUUAUUUUUUUUGUAGCCUUUACCAGUCAGGGGGAGAUAUUAUCGUCUUAUAAAGAAAUGUUGUCACCUCUCAAGGUGUCUUUUAUUUUUGUAAACCAAAAUGGUUUUUGUUUUUAUUGACGUUUAUGUUGUUGCACCUUUUUUUUUUUUUUUUUUGCCCAAAUGUGUUACUUAAUAGUUGUUAAAUGUGCCAAAUAACUGUUGCUGAUUGAGUGGAACCAAUGGGAAGCCAACCUUUGUCUGAACUCUUUGACCCUCCUCACCGCCAGACUCAAGCAGAAUAAAAAACACACACUCAAGUUCACACACACAAAGUCUCGCGGUGGAAGUUUUCGGUGGAGCCUCUGAAGGGGUUUGAACCUGUGACCAAACGAAGACGCGUGUGUGUGUGUGUCCACUCUCGACUCGUGGCUGAACGUUUCCUUUCACACUGUGUUUAUGUCAUGUGAGUGUGUGUGUGUGUGAGCAUACGUGCGCUUCAUUAUCGCUUUGUAUGUCUCAAGCAGUGGAUUCUCUCUUUUUUUUGUUUGUUUGUUUUUUGGGAUACACAGAUUCUCUGCUCAAACACGCUCAACACAAGACAAUUUUAACAAAAAAGGAUGGCGUUAUAGGAAAAAAUAAAUCAAAGUAUAUAUAAAUAUAUGUGUAUAUGAAAUGACAAAAUGCUCUAGGUUUAUUUAAAAGAUUUAAUGUAGAAAACAAAAUGAAAUUGUUCAGGGGAGGUCGGGGGUUUUGAUGUGAGUAUAAUUGUUUGUGGUGAAGACUUCAGCUCAAAUCUUGCACAUAAAGACUUUAGAUAUUGUACCUGCGAGUUCCAGAUGAUUAUUUUUGUUUGAAUACAGGACUCUUUGCUCUUUCAUAUUUAUUGCGUGUGUGGGGAGCUCUCUCGCUCCGUCUCUCCUCCACGUGUCCGAGCCUCAGCCGAGCGCUCGCUGUAGAAAAAAAAAACCCUCCGGUUUGACACCCAUCAGAAACUCUCAUUGUUUUUCAUAUGCCACAGACAAACACAAGUACUACUGGCUUUGGAAUUAUUAUUGCCAUUAAGGUUAUGAUAAUACUGAUAUAUAAUUGAUAACAUUAUUCAAUGAUUAUUAUUAAAUUUAUUCUAUUUCAAUGAUUUGUUUUGUUUUUGGAGACAGGUAGGAAGUUGCGUGUUGGACUGCUUGUAAAAACAGUUCAUGAAUAAAAAUCCUUUUUCCGUGUU